AUGGCAGCUAAAGUGCCCAGAAACUUCAGACUGCUCGAAGAGCUGGAGAAGGGUGAGAAGGGUCUGGGAGCUGAGUCAUGCUCCUAUGGUCUUGCAGAUGGUGAAGACAUGAUGAUGAGUAACUGGAACGGAACUAUUCUCGGCCCCCCUCACAGUGUCCAUGAGAACAGAAUUUACAGCGUCAACAUCCAUUGCGGUCCGGACUAUCCCGACAACCCCCCUACCAUCCAAUUCGUAUCCCGAGUCAACUUGCCAUGCGUUGAUGGCCGGAGCGGAAAGGUCGAUCCUACCAAGCUGCCCUGCUUGGCUCAGUGGAAGCGCGACUAUACCAUGGAAACUAUUCUAGUCGAGCUCAGAAGAUAUAUGGCUCUGCCUCAGCACAAGAAGCUUCCCCAGCCUCCGGAAGGCUCGAACUUCUAA